GCAAAUUAUCUCCAAAGCUCCAAUCGUCAGCUGGUGUUACAGUUACAAUACGAAAGAACGGAGGACAGAAAGAAACUAUUUCGAAGCGCUUCAGAGCGACAUCGCAACACGUCGAGUGAAGAAGGCAGCAUCAAUCACCCUCGCGCCCAGCCGGGUCGGUCAACAGCUGGACGUAAAUCUCAUCACCUCUUUAAUGAAAGGACAAGUAAUGUACAGAACAAUGAGUCCCCUGGGGAGAGGAUGAAAGGAUCCUUUGCCCAGGUGGCGAGUGGUGUUUCACGCAUGAGACAAGCGCAACGAAAAGAAAUGGUCCCAUUUGUAAGAUACGAUGGAGUUGUGGAGGACACUGAAGCCACAAGUGCUCAUGCGUACCGUGAAGUGAAAGUGAUUGUUCAUAGGUCAACGAGCAGUUCAAGCUCGUCCACUGUUUCGAGCCUGCGAUCCGUUGACCAGCGGAUGGCUUCUCCCAGAAGCAAACACGUGCAAUCACGUGAUCACUCUCAUCAUCAUCGUCGACGUCAUCAAAACAGUGAACGUAGCGAGAGUCAUAUAAGUAAUCAAGAGCAAAGUCGUUCUAGUUCUACUGUUGAGAAACUGUCGGAUCGCGGAGAAUCCAUCCAGCUGAAAGUUGUAGAUAUCGUUGAAGACGUGACUCACAGUGAACAUCUCUGCGAGACAAGCCAAAAGACAACAAAAGAAGGCGGCUCGCUGGCCGCCAUGUUUGAUUCAUAACUAUCAGCUUAGGCUUCAGUCGUAUUUAUUAUUCUAAGUAUUGUUCAAUUUCCUCUGAACAGUCCCAUGUGGGAAUUGGGCAUUUACCGACAAGAACGUUAAAGGAAAGAGAAUCGAAAAGUACUGACGAUCUAUAGCUCAGAAAAUAACAAUAAGAACUGAUCGAUCAAUCAAUAAAACAGUCAACGAACGACUUUAUUAAUAACUACAUGUUUCUGUAGGCUAAGUGAGUGACAAUGUUCUUAAUUAGUUGGCCAACAAUGCAUGCAAGCUGGUAAUAUUGAAACUAUAAACAAUUUUAUAAGCCUAAAGUAAAACGUUGUUCUUAUUAACUGCAUAAAUGUUAACAUUUUUCAAAAUGGUAAAUAUGGCUUCCCUUCUACACAUACCAUACGUCAAAGGAACUGAGAUAACUGUUAUUACUCUCUGGAGCAGUAACUUCUUUAAGAACUUGUUUAUUUGACCGGUGUAAAAAAACCGGAAAGAAAACUUAUUUUUGCAGAACUUUGAUAAUAAGAACAAAACCGUCCUUUAGUUUUAAAGUUCCAGAAAUUAGAAAUAAUAGAAUCGAACUCGAGAAUUUCAUCUUCGAUAUUUCCACCGCUCAUUACAGUUUCAAAAAAACAUUGCGUUUUUAUACAGUGUUUUUGCUUUAUGUACCCUUUAUAACUCGGUACUUGUAAAACCUUGUUAGUUCCCUAUGUUCCUAUGUUCCUAUGUUCCUAUGUUUUGGUUACCGCUCAGGGUGUUCCGUCUAAUCGCACUAUUUCAGGGUGAACUACCAAUAAUCAGGAACAGACCAGAUGUAAAUAAAUCAAAUAGAAAUCUAACAGUCAUCACACUGUCUGGGUUAGCGGCUCUUGGAACUCUCUUGGCCGUCAGUGUAAGUUAUCACUCAUUAAUUAAUAAAAAUAUAUUCUGGCGGAUUUUUCGAGCUUGGUGUUUAUUUUGUUCAGUCACUCCUUUCUAUUCUUAGAACCUAAUUCCGCAUUAAAAAAACAAAUUGCGUUGUAAAAGAUAUAUACUCUUGGAUACGAGGUAAAGCCUAAUACCUUAUUACUUACUGGAUGGUUUCAUCCAGAGCACAAAUUGUGAUGUAAUAUAUGAAACACGAAAGACCCUGUUUGACCACAUUUCCAAACACCGAGAAGAGAGUUGAA